AUGAACCUGCACUGGCGCCUUUUGCUCGCUGGCUGGGCUCUGCUGGCGUGCCAAGGUGCAACAUGCACCUUGGAGGACGACGUCGCCAUGCUGCAGAUGCAGACGAAGGAAGAGGAGGUCACUCAUCGCUUUGAGUGGUGCAAGGAGGCUGAAGUCGUGCCAUACGUGCAGAGGUCUCCUUCCCAAGAGUCCCCAGCAUUUCGCAUACAACUCUUGCCUGGAAGUGGAGCAUGCUCCUCACUGUUGGGAGUUCUCGCCUCAGUCAUGUAUGCACAGAAACGAGAACGAGCCUAUUUCCUGGAUGAAAGUGAGACGAGGUUGAAAGGCAGUCACCCCAGCUGGUAUUUACGGUACUUUCAGCCCAUUGGAUCGUCAGAGCCGCUAUCACCCUUUGAGGACAUGCCCAUCAGCUCGAAGGAGGUGCGUAAGUUUGCGGGCAUGCCGCAGCUUACCAUAGGCUCAGAGACCAUGUGGCGAGUGAACAUGAAACGGACAUUUCUGCGCAGGUACUGGCAGUUCCUACCCAGCGUGCGGCAGGAGGUCUGUGGCAACGUCCGCCAGCUGGGGCUACCACAAAGGUUUUUUUCCAUCAUGGUGAGGAGAGGCGACAAGAUCACAGUUGAAAACCGAAGUGCAGUACCGUUAGAGCAUUAUAUCGACACGCUCCAGUCCUUCCAGGGUAUAAGCGACAUUCGUGAUGUCUUCGUCGGCACAGAUGACUGCUCGGUUCUGGAGGAGUUGCGGGGCAUGGCUCCCAGCCUGACAUUCCAUGAUUUCUGCUACAUUCAGAAUGCGCAUGGUUGGGACCUGAAAAAGGAUGUUACGCAUGACUUGGACAGCCACUUCUUGAAGUUUUUUGCUGAGCUCACAGUGAUGUCUGCUUCCGACAUCUUCAUCGGAGAUCGCGCCAGCAAUGUGUUCAACUGGGUUCUCUACAUGCGCCGGUCAGACUCCAGGAAUGCAACUGUGUUCAACGUGAGAGACUAUCCGUAUGGGAGUGUCGGUCUUGGCAUCUGA